UUCACAUGGAGGUGCUCAGGCCAACAUAUAUUCAGUUUGUAAACCAGUUUUGUACGAGACACUACUAUUUGCUUAAACUAAAAAACUGAUAAAAUUGUAUACCAUAAGUUUAAUACUAUUUUCCUCUUUAUAAAACAAAUUUUUGUGAAAAGUUAUACAUAUAUUCGAUAAUAUUUUUGACCAAAGAAACAAAUUUCAAACAUGGAGGAAACUCCUAGCAUGUUUUUCGGACGCGAAAUAUGCUAUUAUACUAUGCAGGAUCCUCGGGGUAACGACAUGGCUAAGUUGUGCUUUAACAAUUACAUGAGGGAGUAUAGGAAGCGGUAUCUCGAACACUACACAGAGGAGCAAAUACUUGAGGCAGCUUCUGAGCAGUGGGAGAAGUUGUCCCUUAUCCAUCAGUUCCAGUACUAUCCGAACACAGAAAAUCCUAUGGAUCGUACCUAUGCUGACCAUAUGAUCAACAAGGAGAAUAUGGAAUUGGAGAAAAGUGCCCCAACAGAUAGAUGUUGCCCGAAAAGGAGGAAGUCCAAGUGCAGCAAACCCAAGAAAUGUGGCGGCAAACCGAAACCCAAGCUAACUUGUCCCGUGAAGAGGUCAAGCUGCGCCAAACCGAAGGCGUGCCCAAAAAUAAAGCCAGUGUGUCCCAAGUCAAAGCCAUCUUGUCCUACACGAUCGUGUCCCAAGCCAUAUUGUCCUACACGAUCGUGUCCCAAGCCAUCUUGUCCCAAGCCAUCGACACCAUCGUGUAGGAGGUAAUCGCAGAUUCCCAAGUCCUGGCCUCUUUCCACAUUUCGGCUCGUCCUAAAAAGGAUAUGUUCUAUAAAACUAUGUGCUUUUGAUAUAAAAGUACUUAAACCCAGA